AUGAGGAGGAAAGUGAGAUCGUUGUCCGAUCUUUAUCGUCGAAUCCCCAAAUGUGCAUCUUCGAGUGUUUCAGCCGAUCCCCAAUCUCCCAGUAUCAAUAUUUCGGCUGCUCAAGCCGGUACAGGUACAGAAGUGGCUACAACGGAGCAGCUUACUCCUGAGAUGGAUUUACCGAUUGAACUAGAUUUACCCGCCUUUUUCACCCAAGCGGAUUUCCCCGUGCUACCGAGUUUUGAGCAGACUACGGAUCCAUUCGACAAUAUUUUUGAUAGAAACUUAUAUUUCUCAUACACAAAUCCAUAUUUGUUUAUGCUAUUAACUCUCUGUUUGGUCCUACUUCUGGUUUAUUUUGUUACUAAGGGAGGAGGAAACUCAGUACCAAAUGCUUGGCAAUCCUUGGUGGAGCUUAUUUAUGAUUUCGUGCUGAACCCGGUAAACGAACAAAUAGGUUAUCUUUCCGGAAAUGUUAAACAAAAGUUUUCCCGUCGCAUCUCGGUCACUUUUACUUUUUCGUUAUUUUGUAAUCCCGAGGGUAUGAUACCUUAUAGCUUCACAAUUACAAGUCAUUUUCUCAUUACUUUGGGUCUCUCGUUUUCUAUUUUUAUUGGCAUUACUAUAGUGGGAUUUCAAAAAAAAAACUUCAUUUUUUUAAGCUUCUUAUUACCUGCAGAAGUCUCACUGCCAUUAGCACCUUUAGUACUCCUUGAGCUAAUCCCUUAUCGUUUUCGAGCAUUACGCUCAGGAAUACGUUUAUUUUCUAAUAUGAUGGCCGAUCAUAGUUCAGUAAAGAUUUUAAGUGGGUUCGCUUGCACUAUGCUAUGUAUGAAUGAUCAUUUAUAUUUCAGGGAUCUUGGUCCUUUCUUUAUAAUUCUUGCAUUAACCGGUCUGGAAUUAGGUGUAGCUAUAUCACAAGCUCAUGUUUCUACGAUCUUAAUAUGUAUUUACUUGAAUGAUGCUAUAAAUUUUCAUCAAAGUGCUUAUUUUUUUUAUAAUUGA